AACUUAUAAAACAGGGUCAGACAGGCUAAUCUGCCCCGUCUUGCUGGCAGGGAGGCGGCUGAAUUUAACCCUCCUUUAUAUGACAUUUGCUUUAAUACACCUGUGAGAAGGAGCUUUGGUCAUUUUCCAUCAUGUCAGGUCGUUUCAUUCACGACAACAUAACUGGUGUGUGUGAACCUCACAGCCGUAUAGAUAUAGAGGCUAGCCAGGCGAUACUACACCUCAGAUUGUACCAUUCACUAUUUGACGCCCAGACUAAAAGUGCGUUGCAAUCCCACGUUACACAAAUAUAUAUUUCUCGCUUUUCGGCGACUGUGUGACAUUUAACUUGGCGUUAUUAUGCUUUAAGCACGUGUUAAAGAUUACAAUCGGCCCCCUCCUCCCGGUCACUGCAGGGUUUCUUUCGGUUGUGCUGCUUAUGCUGCUGCCGUGGUUAGCCGAGUAUUGAGCUACCAGCUGACCUACUUUCUCUGCUCUCAGCCACUCGGUCCUGUUUACAAGCCACUGCCAGCGGAGGAUGUGGAGUACAGAGCCUGGAAAAUAGCUAGAAGAAAAAAAAGAAGAGAGAGAAAAAACCCACGAGCGACAAAUGUGGUUGUUUUUGUCGCUGAUAAAUUAGGACCGUCAAAGCAGCAGACGGCGACCGGCGAAUUAAUAACACCACGUUAUUAACUUAAGGCGUUGUUAUGCAAUUUAACGCUUUCGGUGCUCUUUCCUGCCCAGUCAGACGCUGCUGUUUGGCUGCUAUGCCGUUUAAAAAAUGACUUCUAAAGUUAAGUGUGGACCUUUGCUUCUGUCGGAGACCCGUUUAAAAGGAUUUGGAGCAUCUUUUUUGAAAUCGAGGAGGUGGUGGGCUACUGGACCACGAUAGGUUUUCUAAAAUAGUGUUCAGACAAGGUCAGCGCGGAUGGGACUUACACGACUUCAGAAAGGGCCUGGCUGGGAGAGGGAGUGAGUAUGGACAAUCUUUCGGACUUCGGUGGCCCCUGUCCAUCCACACACAGGGAAUGGGACACCAGCAGCUGUGUGGAUGAUUUGAUGGACGAAGAUGAAAAAGAUCGGGCAAAAAGGGCAUCCCGUAACAAAUCGGAAAAAAAGAGAAGAGACCAAUUCAAUGUGCUCAUCAAGGAGCUCUGCACCAUGCUGCAGGGUCAAGGCCAUCCACGCAAGAUGGAUAAGUCCACCAUAUUGGAGAGGACUAUUGACUUCUUGCAGAAACAGAAAGACAUCACUGCACAAAAUGAAACGUGUGAUGUGAGGCAGGACUGGAAGCCUUCAUUCCUCAGUAAUGAGGAGUUCACUCAGCUAAUGCUGGAGGCCCUAGAUGGUUUCUUGGUUGCAUUAACUACAGAUGGCAACAUCAUAUACGUAUCUGACAGUGUGUCUUCACUUAUGGGCCAUUUACCGUCAGAUAUGGUGGACCAAAAUAUCUUGAAUUUCCUCCCGGAGCGGGAACACGGGGAGGUGUAUAAGCUGCUAUCAUCCCACAUGCUGAUGACUGACCCCAUUGCUGCUGACUUCCUUGACAGUGAGGCACAUAUUGAAUUUUGCUGUCAUCUAGCCAGAGGUAACAUUGACCCAAAGGAGCCACCCGUAUAUGAGUAUGUCAAGUUUGUGGGAGAUUUCAAGUUUCACAACAAUGUGCCUACGUCUUCUUGUAAUGGGCUUGAAUUGACGUUACCAAGAAGUCUGCAGUCAUCGCUGGAGGAGCAGGUCUGCCUCAUUGCUACUGUACGAUUAGUCACUCCACAAUUUCUAAAGGACUUGUGCAAUGUGGAAGAUCCUUGUGAUGAAUUCACUUCCAGACACAGCCUUGAAUGGAAGUUCCUGUUUUUAGAUCACAGAGCUUCACCAAUCAUAGGCUAUUUACCCUUUGAGGUUCUUGGAACUUCUGGCUAUGAUUACUAUCAUGUGGAUGAUUUGGAGCUCAUAGCCCAGUGUCACCAACAAUUAAUGCAGUUUGGAAAGGGUAAAUCCUGCUAUUAUCGCUUCCUGACCAAAGGUCAGCAGUGGAUUUGGUUGCAGACUCACUACUACAUUACUUACCACCAGUGGAACUCCAAACCUGAGUUCAUCGUCUGUACUCACACUGUUGUCAGCUACGCUGAAGUGCGAGCUGAAAGGAGGAGAGAGUUUGGCCUUGAAGAGUUGUCUCCACCUGAGAUAGCUCCCUCCUCUGUGAAGGCUCAGGAGCUGUACUUGGACAUCUGCUCCACAUUGGAUGCACCACCGGACAGAAACAACCGUGCACGUUCGGUUUCCUCCCACAGCUCCCGGAAGUCCUCCCACACAGCGUUGUCAGACUCAGCAUCAGCUAACUCCUACUCAGAGGCCUGCACGCCAAAAUGGCAGUCUGCUUCCAUGGGGCCCGAGAAGACAUCUGCCAGACUCCAACCUAGUGGCUCAAAGAAUUUGGCACAAAGACAAAAUUCCUUUGACCUUGUUCCCCAAAUGAGCCUCCCUGUUUCUCCCACCUGCAGCAAUCACUCCACAAUGCAACAGCAAUCACAACAACCGCAGCAGCAGCAGCAGCAGCAGCAGACCUCUAUGUAUCAGCUGCAGCAGCCUCAGCUCGGUGUAAUGAACCAGCUGAAGGAGCAGCUGGAGGAGAGGACGCGCAUUCUGCAAGCUGACAUUAAGACGCAGCAGCAGGAGCUGCACGACAUAAAGGAGAAGCUUCACCUUGCUAAUCUACAGAUGUUGUUACAGCAGCCCAUUCACAAUGACUUUGGUCAGGGCCAGCAGCAGCAGCCCCAGCAGCAGGGCCCCGGGAGGCCGGCGCAGCAGAGCCAGUCAGGAGUCAUCAGGCAGCACUCUGGCCACCCUAAACCCUCGCCAGCCUGUGGGGCUCACAGCUCAUCCCCUCGCUCACUCCUGAGAGAGAACAGCUCACCAUCAACACAGGGCCAGCAGAGGAUCGCUCGGAGCAGCCAGGCGCAGGCGGUGAGUUUACCGGUGCAGACCAACACAAGCCUGACGAUGCCCUUCUACAGCAACCCCAUGAUGUUCUCUCAGACCAACACAAGGCCUCAGCAGGAUGCAAACCAAAGACACACAGACAGCCAGUUGAACCAAGAUGGACAGCUACGAAUGCUCCUCAACCAGCCAAUGCAGACGCUGGUUCCCACUAGCAGCGUCACCUCGCAGCCUUCGCAGUGCAACAUGGGCAUCUCCCAAACCCUAUACACCUUGGAUCAGCAGCUCCUCGGCCCCUCGUUCUCCAUGCAGCAGGUCAACUGCAACGCCGUCCUCGUCCCCUCUCCGGUCUUCACGUCCCCCAUAAUGAUCCCACACAACAGCUUCAUCACUCACCAAUCUCAGUCAGCCUACCACGCUCAGCCUCAGGCCUCUCAGCACUCCCUGCAGUUCCAGCAGCCCCAGCAGUUCUUUCAGAUGACUCAAGGACUUGUACAUGGUGGAUCUACUCCAGCAUUCUUACACACCACUAAUGUCCCACAACAAGGCAGUGGGGUGGGUUAUAUUCAGCAGCAGCAACAAACGCAGCAACUGCCACUUGCACAGCAGCAGCAGCCACAGCAGCAGCAACAAAGACAAUACCAACAUUCCCAAAACCAGACUGGCAGCGUUUCAGACUUCCGAAAUAUGCUGACGCGGUAGCAAUGUGGACUUUGUUGGAGCACCGAGAUCUGUCUCUGUGACGUCGUCAUGCAGGCGGCAGCAAGUUGUGGCAUUUGUGAAGUCAAACUCGAUGCGGAGUUCUGCUUCAGAGAAGUGGGGGGAAAAAAAGAAAACGCUUGUGGUGACCGAACUUUUGAUGUGAAGCUGCCCGCUGAGAAGAAGCCAGUCCAUACGUCUCUAAAGUGAAACCAGAUCUGGAGAGUCUGAGGCGCUGGGCCUUCAUCACCAGGCUGCAUAGCACUCAGGCGUCCACCAGUCCAACUGCUGGAAAAGUGGAUUAUCAAAGCUCUUAAGAAGACACUUUACAUGUUUACAUGUGGAAGUUUUUGUCUAACAGAGUUUCCUUCUAAGUGUCUGUUUGCACUUUGGUACUACCCCCUUCCCCGAGAGUAGAAUAUUUAUUCCCCUCUCCCCCCAUAUUUUAAUAUUCUAUUUUGUCCAUAAAUAACAGUUUAAGAAGAAUUUGAUUACUAUUGAAAUCUCCAACUCAACACCCCACCCCCAUUGACACAUGAUAUUAUUUUUGCCUCCAAUGAAAGUAGUUAAUGUAAUAAAGGGAUUCAUGUACAUGAGGAUUCUACAUCAGUGUACAUUUCAGUUGGCUGCCAUAACGUUCCCAAAACAAUGAUUUACUCACAUGUUCUUGGCGAGUUGGUUAGACGAUCAUAUCAGAACAUUAGGUUUGGUAGGAAACUAAUAAACGGGAUUUUCUCCAAAUGUUAGGAAGCUCCAUCUAGAUUUUUAAAGCCUCAAUCUGAAGAAGGGGUCCUGCAGCUAUCAGAGCUCUGGAGUUGAGCUGGGCAGCAUGAGUCCUCAAAUGAUAAACAGCUACCAGAGAGAGAGAGAGAGUUAGAGAGAGAAAAAUGUGCCUUCAGCCAUGGUGCGCCCAUGGUACGGUUUGAUGGUUUUGUCCGAUUACGGCUUUAAAAAUCCAGCUCAGGUCCAUUUGGAAUACAAUGUUUUAUUUUCAUAAAGGUCAUAAUGAAUUAUUUUCCUUAUCAGAUUGAAAUAAAAUACAUCUAGAUUUCUAUUGGGAUAUAUUACAAAUAUAUAUAUAUAUAUAUGUCAGAUGAUUUUUACAUGCCUAGUACAUCCCAACAUUUUCAUGAACUCUAGUGUACUUGAUAAGAUUCAUUUAUUACUUAAUCCCUAUUUAUUACAUGUAUAUUUCAAACAAUAUAUGAUUAAGAAACUACUUUUAUACACAAAGAUUAAAAUAGUUUUUUUUUUUGUGUUCAUUUAGACAUUGAAAGGUCAACUCUGGUCUUUCCCUGUCAUUGUUUCAUAGAAACUGUUAGCAUGUGGCUAAUAGUAUGGUUCAAGUCAGAAAUUUACAUACACUAUAGCCAAAUACUUUAAACCUUUCUGAGGUCAGUCAAGAUCACUACUUUAUGUAUUUAAAAAAAAAAAAAAAAAAAGGAAAAAAAAGUGAGGUGAAAAAGUGAAAGGAGAAAUAAGAGAGGAAAAUAUUUGUUUCAUAUAUCACAUUCCCAGUUUGCAGUCAGAUUUGUAGCACUGGCAUGUACUCUACUUUGUUGUCUUUGACACAGGUGUAGUAGGAUGCUUGGGUUCGAAGAAACAAUGGGCAACAUGCUGCUGCCACCCCCAUGCUUAGUGGUCAGGAUUGUGUUAUUUGGUUGUCCUCUUUUAAUUCUAAACCUAACAGAGGACAUCGAAGGUUUAGUCAGACUAGAGGAUAUUUUCCAAGAAAGUAAGAUGCAGACCGACAUCAGUUUCUAUUCCAAUCAGUUUUAAAGGCACAUAUAAACUUCUGACCUGCAGGAAUUGUGAUAAUGACAAUAAUAUUAUAUGUUAAAUAAUCUUUAUUAAAGUAGAUGUCUUAACUGACUUGCCAAAUAUAUAGCUUGUUAAUAUGAAAUUCGUGGAGUGGUUAAAAAAACAAAACAAACAAACAAAAAAAAGAACUCAACCUCAGUGUAUGUAAACUUCUGACUUCAACUAUGUUUUACACCACAAUAUAACAAGCGGCAGCAGAAGAGUGGAACUAGGGAUUUGAAGAUCUUUGAAACAUCAGAACGGAUUCUACCUAAACAGCAUUACUAUCUUUAUCUGGUCAGAUCAGUAUUGUUUUGUUUAUUUGAACAUUUAAAGAAAAAUGUCCGCUUAUUUCUAAGCCCCCUACGACAAAUGCAUUUAAAUACAAAUAUUAUGAGCACAUGCUUCAUUUACCUUGAAAAUCUAGCAGCCUCCAACGUGGGAAGAAAACCAGAUUCGAGAAUAAUGUAUUCACGUAUGGAACGUUCCGCCAGUCACUAUUUCAACAUGUUACAAUCUUUUCAUUCUGAUGGUGUCUAUUUACAUGUCCAUCUUUGGAGUGCGGGGAAGGAAAUGUUGCCGCAAUAUGUUUUGCAACUGCUAAUCGGCUCUAAUAACUGCACUCCUUAUCUCAACAAUAUAAAGUUAAGCGGAUACAAGCAUAUUCAUUGGCUUAAGUUGUAAAGCUGUGUUGUGCAUUUUGUCAGCGUGUUACCAGUUUGGGGUACUGUAAUAAUGGUGAGAUUAUGUGAGAUUACAGUUGUUACAGAGAGGAUUGGAGUAUAUCGACCAGAUUAGCAUCUGAACAAUACACAGGAAGAACUAAGAAAAGAGCAAACUGCUGUUUUGUUUUGUUUUUAAUGACAAUCAGACAGAUGGCAUAACAUUUUGAAACGUUCUGCUUAGAUUUUUUUCCCCCACACAGCUCAGCAGAAACACUGAUAAUGCCGUUUCUUGUGCUACACUUUAUAAAAGCCACCGGAAUAUUCAAGAGUCUGAUAUCAGGAUAUAUUGAAGUUCAAUUCAUCAUAGUACCAUUGGAGACUGCUGUUCAUACUGGAUGACAGCUGUCAGCUAGUACACUUUCAGCAUGAUGUAUGUUCAGUGCAGUUUUCCACUUUUCUAUGUGCAAUGUCAAUUUGAAGAGAAGAAUGUUAAUUUAUACUGUUUUAAAUGUUUCAGGACAGAUGUACGAUGUAUAUAGAGGUGUAAAAUAAGCUGUUGUACCUUGUAAAUUAUAUGGAAGUAUUUUUUUAAUGAAAACGCCCUAACAUUCCUUCAGCUGUUGAUAUUGACAGUAUCCUUUUUCUCUAAAAAAGAACAGAAAAAAGGAGGAAAAAAAAAAGGUACAAGAUGUGUCAACUGAAGUCUAUGAUUACAAUGAUCUCACAGGACUUUAACUGCAUGGGAACUGUGUUAGUUUCUCCCGAACACAGAACCUCUGGGGUCAAGGGUCGUAUGUUGACCAGGAUGAUUGGUAAACAAGAUUAAAUAUUAAGUGAAGAAUCCUUAACGGCAGGGUGCGGCUGUGCAGCUGCGCAGUCGCUGCUUUAAAGGCAAUUCAGUGCAAACUGAAUGAAGUCAGAAGAAAAAGUGCAAUUUUACACCAUCAUCAAAACGUUUUUUUUUUUUUUUAAACAGCUGAAACAAGUCUCCCUUCAUUCAUCUCUAUAGUUCCACGAGUUAUCAGUGAGAGAGACGGCCCGUUAAGGUUCAGUUCAGCCAGCAACUCACAUGUGCCAUAGAUGACGAGAUUCGCUUUCCUUCAUUUAUUAUGGAAAAACCAACAGAGUUUUGCAGUAUAUCACCCUGUCAGACAGUGGUAGAUUUUUCUCCCCUUAAUUCACCUAAACACAUCAUGCAAAGAUUUCAGUCCACGUCUGUAAACAAAUUCACUGUUAUCACAUUGUUCAUGUUGUAUGCCUUGCGAAGGUGGUUGAGGGAAAUUCUGCUCAUUAAACUCCACUGUGCUCCACCUAAA